CCCCGGCAACUUAAGUUAGCUAGCUGUGCUGUUCGCUGCCCCAAAUAAAUGAAGCUGGCUUUGUAUGGAAGAAAGUGGCCAGCAUCGCUAACGGGGUUCAUGUUACGUCUCUCCAGAGAAAAUGAGGAACGUUAUUGUGCUGUCCCUGCUGCUGCUGCUGAAUAUACAUCAUGUCACAUCGGCACCCAAAGGUGUCACUGCCAGUCUUAGAGCAAAGUGGAGCAUGACGCCUUUCCUGUUGGAAACAAGUGAGUUUAUUGCAGAAGAUGGGAAUGAGAAAUUCUGGCAGUUUGUUGACACAGUGAAAGAGCUCACCGUAUACAAGCAAGGAGAGUCUGUGCGGUCGUACUACAAUUUGAUCAUUAAGAAGGCUGGCCAGUUCCUCACAGAUCUUCAAGUUAAUCUCCUCAAAUUCGCUAUGUCCCUACGGUCGUACUCACCAGCUGUUCAUGCAUCCCAGCAGAUAGCCAGUGAUGAGCCUCCGCCUGAGGCUUGCCCUGCCUUUGUCUCCAUUCAUGGUCAGCAUAGCUGCAGCACCAAGGACAUCAAGAAGCUCCUGAAGGCAGCUGCAGGCAGGCCCAAACCACAUUUAUAUAAGAAUGACCACACAUAUCCAGGAGUCAAUACCACAGAAGUGCCAGUGGUUAUCCUCUACGCUGAGAUUGGAACCAAGAAGUUCACCUUGUUUCACAAGGUGCUGUCAGAGAGGGCUGCAGAGGGAACGCUCGUAUACGUGCUGCGGCAUUUCGUAGCGAAUCCAAAGCCUCAAAAGAUGCUUUUAUCUGGGUACGCUGUUGAGCUGGCUAUCAAAAGCACUGAAUACAAAGCUGUGGAUGACACCAAAGUAAAAGAUUCACUUGUAAACGCGGAGGAUGAUAACACCGAUGAAGUCCAAGGGUUCGUCUUUGGAACGUUAAAGAAAGCUCACCCUGAACUCCAGGAGAAUCUUGUCGAGCUUCGAAAACAUCUCCUGGAGAGUACCAACGACAUGGUUCCUCUCAAAGUGUGGGAAAUGCAAGAUCUGAGUGUCCAGGCAGCUGCCAGAAUCCUGUCCGUGCCAAAGUACGACGCUCUGAAGCUCAUGCGAGACCUCAGUCAGAACUUCCCAAGCAAAGCCAGAUCACUGACAAGAGUGGCCGUGAAGCAGGAAAUGAGAAAAGAAAUUGAGGAGAACCAAAAGCGUCUCGCUGAGACCGUUGGUGUUCAUCCGGGAGACGGGGAGCUCUUCAUCAACGGACUCCACAUUGAUCUGGACGUUCACAACCCUUUCAGCAUUUUAGACAUCCUCAGAGGAGAGGCCAGGGUCCUGGAGGGGCUUCAUAACCUGGGCAUUAAAGGAGAACAUCAGGGCAAGCUGCUGAGGUUACCUGUGAACGCUGUGGAUGACAGUUAUGCCUUAGAUAUCAGAGAUCCAGCUAUAAUGUGGAUAAACGACAUAGAGAACGACCCUCCCUACCACAGCUGGCCGCGAGGCGUUCAGGAGCUCCUCAGAGCCACUUUUCCAGGAGUCAUCCGGCAGAUCAGACGCAAUUUCUUCAACCUGGUGCUGUUCCUAGAUCCAGUACGGGAAGAAAGUGUUGAGCUGGUGAAACUAGCAGAGCUAUUCUACAAGCAUAAGAUCCCACUGAGAAUUGGAUUUGUGUUUGUUGUCAACACCGAGGAUGAGAUUGAUGGCGCCUCAGACGCAGGGGUUGGAUUUUACAGACUGCUGAACUACAUCGCAGACGAGUAUGAUUUAUCCCAGGCUCUGAUAUCCAUGGUCUCAUUAUACAACAAAGUAGAUGUCGGGGAGACGCUGUCUGUUGACACAAUCUCUGAUUACCUCAAGAGAAAAUUCCCUAAAACCGACGCUGAAAGGAUUCUCAGUGUAGAAUCUGAGUACGAUGACAAAAGAAAGGAGGGUGCCUUCUUCUACAAAAGGAGUGGCCUUGGUGCCCUCCCGUUGGCUUUAUUUAAUGGAGUCCCCUUGAGCCCCGAAGAGAUGGAUCCAGAGGAGCUGGAGACCAUUAUCCUGCAGCGCAUCAUGGACACCACCAACGCCUUCCAGAGAGCUGUCUUUAUGGGUCAGUUGACUGAGGGCUCCGAUGUGGUGGACUAUCUAAUGGAGCAGGCCAACGUGGUUCCCAGGAUGAACCCUCUUAUUCUAAGCACUGAGCGGAAAUACCUCGACUUCACUGCCAAGCCAGUUGUCGAUGAAUGGGAGGACACCACUAUGUUUUCAUACUACGACUCCAGAGACAAAACGGCAGUGGUGGCCAAGAGAAUGAAAUACUUUACAAAUAACGAUGAGGAUGGGAUGAGUGCGGUGACCAUGUGGAUAGUCGGAGAUUUUGAGGAGAUCUCAGGAAGAAAACUUUUAUUAAAUGCUCUAAAACAUAUGCAGAAGGCCAGCCCUGGAGUGCGAGUGGGGGUGAUAGAUAACCCCAGCGGAAAGCCCAGCGAAGAUAACAGCGUGCUGUACCGGGCUAUCUGGGCCUCUCUCCUCACCCAGAAGAACAAGGCUGCAGCAGAGUUUGUGCAACAACUUGUGAAAGACGAGAGCAGCCAGCUCCUCCAACAGGGGACCAAGAUAAAGGACCUACUGACGCAGGGCAUGGACGUUGAUGCCUUUGAGAAGAAGUUCAACACAUUGGAAGUGGAUUUUAUUCGUAGUCAGCAGCUGUUUUGUCGAGACGUCCUGAAGCUGAGCCCAGGACAGGGAGCAGUGAUCAGCAACGGCAGGAUCCUCCAUCCCUCUCCUCCUACCUGUCUCUCUCCGCUCUGUAGCGAGCAGAACUCCCUGCACUCAUCAAAACCUUCAGCUGCUACACUGUCAGCAGCUCUCUAUGUUACCAUAGUGAUGGGCUUCAUAGCUACCGGCAUGAAAUGGAGAGUCAUUAUUUGUUUUAUGAAGUCAUUCCUACGGGCCCUCCCUUCAGGAAAUGGUUUCCUCACACCUGCUUUUUAUGUCUCUCCCUCCUAUAUUCCAACCAGCGCGCUGUACGUAGUAGAUUUGAAGAAGUUCCGGAAGAUUGCCGCUGGGGACAGAUUACGAGGCCAGUACCAGGCCCUGAGCCAGGACCCCAACAGCCUGUCCAACCUGGACCAGGACCUUCCUAACAACAUGAUCCACCAAGUGGCCAUCAAGUCUCUCCCUCAGGAGUGGCUGUGGUGUGAGACGUGGUGCGAUGAAACCUCCAAAGUCUCCGCUAAGACCAUCGACCUGUGCAAUAACCCGAGGACCAAGGAGCCCAAGCUAACGGCCGCAGCUAGGAUCGUGCCUGAGUGGGUAGAAUAUGACAACGAGAUAAAACAGCUACUGAGGCGGGUUCAGGGACAGGAGGACACACCAGCGCCAAAACACACUCCCACUGCCUCACAACAUGAAAAAGACAACCAGCGUGAUGAACUUUAGUGCCUGCCAGCCCCGUCCUGGAGAGGGUGGGGGGGGGACACAGAACCUUUUUGCACGCAGCCCACCUGUGAAGCUUGACAGACAAUUCCAUCUAAACAUAGCCAUGGAGCGUUGCAUCCCCAGCAGGAUGUGAUAUUUUCAGAUGCCAUAUCUGCUACUACAGUCUUACAAAAUGAACACAUAUUGUAAGUGUUAACUGCUGACUGGGAACUUACGGGGUGCUUUCAUCACUCUAAUAAGUUCUUUGUUAGGGUUUGGUUGCCAUGGUAAAUCAAGUUAACUAUGAAGGAACUUGACAAGAAAUUCCAUAAGUGAAACAUUAUUUGUGAUCCUGCCCCACCCUUCCAUCACUUUGGAUGAAUACCUGGCAUGUACUGUUAUCAAUUAUGUAAUCAUGCUGUCAAACAGAUAAAUAAAUCAACAAACCACAAUAUCCUCAUAGCGGGGGUAAUGAUGGGAGGUCAGUCAAAGCACUCUCUCAGGCGUGUGUU